UGCCCUCCCCCCGGCGAUCAUGUGAUCCGCUCCCAUCCACACACCCCCAGCUCCGACGUCUCCUUUGUUGUUUCCGUGGCUCAGUCCCCCUGAAAUCGCCCCGUGCGGCUGCGAGGUGGGGAAUGCAACAGCGAGAUACAACCGAGGAAAUAGAGUGAGAGUGACACUGAUAGGAGCGGGCGGAGAGAAAGAGAGAGGGGGGAGAGAAAAGGAGGACUGAACCAUUCAUUAACAUCGUCCACCUCAAAUCAGGGAGAGGGUGCUGAGGAGCUGCUUGAACGAAUUCGGAUCGGGAAGGGGCAGCGGCGUGUCCCGAUCACGCACACAGUGAAGCGGCAGCGGCAGGGCGAACACGACCGCUUCUUCCCGUUGGCUGAGGAACAGCCGCCGCCUGCCCCGUGUCCCCGUCCCCCCUCCCCCGACCACUCGCCGCCAGCUUGUUCGCCUUCAGCCAGCGGCUCAUCUCCGCUCCGCUCCGGCCAUGGUGGUGUCAGAGUUGCUCGCCCCAUCCCAGCGCACGUUAGCCGGACCGUCGGCGUGCUGUUGCCUCUGGCUGUUCGCCGUGUUGGCUCUGGGCAGCCUGCCGGCGGGGCUGCCCGCCAACCCGCUCUCCAGCGUCGAGUGUCAGAGCGGCAAAGGCAGGGGAGCCAAUUGCUCAGAAUUUAAUGAACGAGAAAAUGAUUUCAAAAUGUGUGAUGAAACCACGUGUCGAUAUGGUGGAGUCUGUAAGGAAGUCAGUGGUGACUUGAGGUGCUCGUGCCAGUUCCAUUGCCAUAAACAUUACAUCCCUGUUUGUGCAUCUAAUGGAGACACCUACCAGAACGAAUGUUUCAUGAGGCUAGCUGCAUGCAAGUACCAAAAAGAGAUUACAACAGACACAGAGAGUCCUUGUUACACGGAAAAUGGCUCUGGUUCUGGAGAAGGAGAAUACGAAGGCUCAGGAACAGAAAGACGCCAAAAACACGUGAGAUGUGGAAAAUGCAAGUAUGGUGCAGAAUGUGAUGAAGAUGCCGAGGAUGUCUGGUGUGUGUGUAAUAUAGACUGCAGCAGAUUCAACUACAAUCCAGUGUGUGCAUCUAAUGGAAAAUCAUACGAUAGUCCUUGCCUUGUCAAAGAAGCAUCCUGCCAGAGACAGGAGUGGAUUGAAGUAAAACGUCUUGGUAAAUGCCAAGAUGACACUGGUUCUUUGGGGAAGGACAAUGGAUUUCAGCUGGGAACAGAAAUUAAAGAUGCCAGUGAUCAAAGAGAAGAUAUUUACACUGGAAAUUACCAGCCAUGUUCAGAGCAUGUUUGCAUGCAUGGAAAAUGUGAAUACAUUUACGCUCGCCGAGAGACAUCCUGUCUCUGUGACUCUGGCUAUGUUGGACAGCACUGUGAAAACAGAGACUUCAGUAUUCUAUAUGUGGUUCCAAGUGGGCAAAAACUUCACUAUGUCUUAAUUGCAGCAAUAAUCGGAGCUGUGCAGAUUGCUAUAAUAGUCGCCGUGGUGAUGUGCAUAACAAGGAAAUGUCCAAAAAAUAACCGAGGACGCCGACAGAAACAAAACCUAGGACAUUUUAAUGCAGACUGCACCACUUCAUCAAGGAUGGUCUAGUUUAACUCAUUUUAUACUCUUUUUCUUCAUUUAUCAUGUCUCUCCGGUUGAUGAAUUACAAAUGAUUUUUCUUUGCUGAGAAGAAGAGAUUUUUGUUUCAGAGGCCUUGGUUUUCUGGACCUUUGCCAGCAUAUGGAUUACUGUGUCUGGUAUCACGACCAGGAUGCUGCGAUUUGUGGUAAACAAGUGAAACAGUCUAAUUGUAACUAAUAAUUGGGCUGUCCCGUCAGUAGGAAGGGUUUUUGAUUUCUAGAAAAAUUACAAACAGAAAAAAAAAACAAGUGAAAAUAAUGGAAUCAAAAUAAUAUACUAAUGAAAGGGACAUUUUUGUACUCUCUGAGCGGAAUUUGCUCAUUAUGCCAGUAACAUAUGUUUGUGUAAUAACUUGCCAUUAUGUUCAUGAUAAAAUUACAAAUGACACUCAGAAGGCAGAAGAAUGCCGGAGCGGGUUUAAAAAGAGACUCGACUGAACAAGCUACAGAAAGGACUAUAAAAGAAAAGGGAAACAUGUUUACAACUGACUUUCCUUACAAGAAAUGAAGGUUUCUAUUUGAAAUUAUUAGGAAAUGUUGCCUUUUCAAACACUAUUUGCAUGAUUUGUGGAACUGUGUACUGUGAUUAGAUUAAAAUUCAAAGCUGUUUGGAUUCAGUAUAUGGUGGAGAUUUGUGCACCACCAUUCUAAUAACUUUGACACUGCAGCUAUAUUUGGCUCCCCUUGGUGUAAAUUUAGUAUCACAUAAAUGUAACGUGGUGCAUGUGGCCUGUGCCACACAAAACAUUGAUUUAUCUUUGUAGAAAAAUACUUUAGGUUGAUCAUUUGGUGUAUUCACUGCGAUUCAAAUUGUUUUAAAAGUUAAAUACAUUGUUAUUUGUCACUAUCUCACUGUGAUAAAAUACACUGUAAUUAUUAAAAUGUGCUGUAUUUAAAA